AUAUAAUAGUUCCUGCCGGACACAUACAAAUAUGCAUACUUAAGGUUAGCAUGUUAAAAAAUUAUGUCUUUACCCUGUCAUAUUUCACCAUUGUUUCCUAAUACGAAGUCAUUAAUUUUUAUUGUUAAUAAAUUCAAUAUUGAAAUAAUGGACAUCAUUUUAUUGAUUUGCGGUUGCUGGAAUUGAAACUUUCACCCGUUACAGUUGACAUAUGGUACUUUUGUAGCUCAUCAGUUUUGAAUUUCUUAUCAUUCUAUUCUGCAUUAUUACUAGUCAAUAUAUGCAUUUAUUGUAACAAAUACAAUCUGCAUUUCAUAAAAGUGGCACUUCAUACCUCAAGAGAACCUUUAAUUACCUCCUAAUGGAAGGUUUUGAUGGUUUUGGUGUUAUAAAUAUUUCCUAGUUGUUUUGUCAAUGACUUAGCUUUUCAAACAAAUUGAGAAUUUCAUGAUGACAAUGCUUUGCCUGAGACCUAUUUUAUCUAAGGUAUUAUUGGGAUCAUUGAACAGUUGUACAGUUACAAAGCAGUUACGAACAAUGUCUUCUCUUGGGAACAAGUUUGCCUUACCCGAUAAAUAUAAGGGAUCAGUGACAACUGUGUGGGCUGAAUUUAUCCAAUUAGCAUUAGAAGUUAAGCCUCUUAAUUUAGGACAAGGUUUUCCAGAUUUUGCUGCACCAGAAAUAGUUAUAAAAGCCCUAAAAGAUGUUGCUAAUUCAGAUAAUGUAUUAUUACAUCAGUAUACACGAGGCUAUGGACACCUCCGAUUGGUUAAUGCAUUGAGUAAACUAUACUCAAAGAAAAUCGAUAGAGAAUUAAAUCCUAUGACAAAUGUUAUAACAACCGCAGGUGCCUAUGAAGCAUUGUAUUGUGCUAUUCUUGGUCAUGUGACAACAUGUGAUGAGGUUAUUUUGAUUGAACCAUUUUUUGAUUGCUACGAGCCUAUGGUAGAUGCAGCUGGUGGAAAAUCAGUUUUUGUCCCUCUAAGGCCAGCAAAAACAAGUGGCACAGUUUUAUCAAGCGAUUGGAAACUUGACAUUAAUGAGCUCACUAGUUGUUUCACUGAAAAAACUAAAGCAAUUAUUCUUAAUACUCCUCAUAACCCAUUGGGAAAGGUCUUCACAUAUGAGGAGCUGACUGUUAUUGCUGAUUUGUGUAAAAAGUUCAAUGUUCUUUGUAUAUCUGAUGAGGUUUACGAAUGGAUGGUGUAUGAACCGUACCAGCAUAUUCGAAUAGCUACUCUUCCUGGAAUGUGGGAGCGCACAAUUACUAUAGGAUCUGCUGGAAAAACGUUUAGUGUGACUGGAUGGAAAACUGGGUGGGCAUAUGGUCCUGAAAACCUAAUUAAAAACAUGCAAGUUGUCCAUCAAAAUAUUCUCAAUUCAAUCAACACUCCUGCUCAGGAAGCUAUCGCCAUUGGCUUAGAACAUGAGAUUAGCAAGAUGGGUUCUCCUGAUUGUUAUUUAGUGAGCCUUGCCCGUGAGCUCAAAGAUAAAAGGGAUUAUAUGGCUAAAUUUUUAACUGAAAUUGGAAUGGUUCCAAUUAUUCCUGAAGGUGGAUAUUUUAUGGUUGUUGACUGGACGCCCUUAGCUAGCAAAGUAGGAUUAGAUCAAGAGAGCGACAGAUACAAGGAUUACCGUUUUGCUAAGUGGACUUCAAGAAACUUAAAAGUACAGGGUAUUCCUCCAUCUGCCUUUUAUAGUGUACCGCACAAGCACUUAGGAGAAAAUUAUAUUCGUUACUGUUUCAUUAAGAAAGAUGAAAACCUACAGAAAGCUGCUGAUAUUCUGAAGGCAUGGGCAGAUGGAUCAAAAUUGUAACUUUAUUAAUGUUUUAUUCGAAGGAAUAUUUAUUUCAUAAUUUCUUAAAUAUCUGCAGCAUUUAUUUAAAUUUCAAGGUUUCAACAUUCAUGAAUAGAUGAAUGUUUUUUAUUCAGGUAAAUGUGCUUUAAGCGAUUAUUUCGCAUUUCUUAAGUUCUCGUUAUAGGUUUUCCAUUUCUGGCGGGGGCAUUAAAGUUAUCAGUACUUUGAUAUACCCUGUAGAACGCCAAUGUUAAUAUGUACGGUUG